GACGAUUUAAAUGUAGGCACACCUCCUCCUUGAAAGGAACGCAAAGACGCUUGAUGGUUUCCCAACAACAACUAAUGAAAGUCUCUUUUUGGGAUUAUUAUACAUUUAGUUACGAAUCAGACUUCGUGACACCCGUUUAACGUUAGGACCUGUAACUACAUACAAGCGACAGUAUGUCAUCGGCCAAGGAAGAUGCGCUGUCUCCAGAUGAACUGAGAAAGAGGCUUUAUCAGACUUUUAAAAGCAAGGGAGUACUCGAUACGCUUAAAACACAGCUACGUAAUCAGCUCAUCCAGGAGUUAAAGCACCCACCUUUGACAGGAGGAGGAUCAUUUCCCAGGCCAGUUCCUAUGAAAUCUGAGUCCCUUUUGCUCUCAGCCUGUAACAGCAUAGUUGCAGAUUAUCUUCGCAGCUCAGGGUAUGAGUACAGCCUGUCUGUAUUUCACCCUGAAAGUGGCCUUUGCAAAGACAAGAUUUUCACAAAAGAUGACCUUCUUCAGCUCCUAAAAAUCCGCCCAGACUCACCACUAUUCAAACUCCUGUCUUCAAACAGAGAAAAUGAUGAUAAAGGGUUCUUGUUUAGUCUUUUGACACAACUAACACACAGUGGUUACACUCAAGUCUUUUGCCAUGAUGCAGACACUCAGACAACCCACAUGCCUAGUUCUGGAGAGUCGCUUGUUGAGAAGAUGAAAAUGAUUGAUAAGGAAUAUGAGAGCUCCAAGUACAGUGGGGAGAAAGGGUUUUCGUUCCAAUCCAAAAUUGAUUCAUACAGAAAAGAAAUAGAAGGACAGAUGGAAGCAGAAAUGAAGACAAAGAUUCAGCAUUUUAAAGAUGUUGAAAUUGCAAAGGUGAAGAUGGAAGAAAAAACAAAAUUCCACAAAGAAUUUAAUAAACUUAAACAAGAAUUGGAGGAGACUUAUGAAAUGAAGUCAAAGGCAUUGAUGGAGCGUGAGAAAAACGCCAUUGCUCGGUUACAAAAACAGCAAGAGAUUGAAGAAAAAAACAUCUACAUGCAGAGACAGGCGGUAUUGAAAGAAAUUGAAACACUGCGGAACCGAGAGAGUGAGCUGAGGUUGAGAACAGAGGCUUUCGAAAAGACUUGUCAAAUUCAUGAGGAGAAAGUCAAGACGACAGGAGAGCUGCUGAGGAGGAGAGAACUGGCAGUGAAGACUCUGGAGGAUACAUAUGACCAGAGGUUGAAGAACGAACUCUCCCGAUAUCAGUUUGAGUUGAAAGAGGAAUUUGUCAAGAGAACAGAAAAACUGACAGAAAAUGAGACUAGAAACAAAGUGGAAACUGCUCGCAUUCAAAAGGAGGCGGCUGUACUGGAUGCCAAAGUAGAAGAGCACAGUAGAGCGUGUUCAGAGCUGAGAAGACUGCAGGUGGAGUUGGACACAGCUCAUCAACAGGUGUCUCUGCUGAGUGAACAGAAGGAGGUUUUCAGGGAGAGACUUGAGAACAUGAGUGACUAUUCCAGUUUGAAAAGGGAGAAAACAGAGCUGCAGGGGCAGCUACGGCUGCUAAAGAAACAGCUGGAGGAGGCCCAUGAGGAGAACCGACUUCUCCGUGCAGAUUUGGGCAGACCAUCUAAAGAGCAACUGGCUUUGCAGCUGGAGCUUCAGAGGCUGCAGAAUGCUCGCAGGCUCGAUGUGGAAGAAUUUGACAACCAGAAACAGGUGCUGCAGGCUCAGCUCCAGAGUGAGGUGGAGCGUUGUGCUCAGCUUCAAGCCCAGGUUAUUGAAUAUGAGGAGAAGUCCCAGUGGAUGAGCAAUCAUGUUGAUGACAUCAAGAUGCAACUUCGCCAAACUCAGCAAGCUCUUGAAAAUGAAGUGCUGCGUAACCCCAAACCCUCUCUUGUUGAUCGUUCCGUACUGGAGCUCAGUGCUGACAAGCUGGUUCCCCCAGACAUCUAUGUGGACAGAGCGGUACUCAACUCCAGGGUGGGUUAUGGUGUUUGUGAACCAGGUUCCCCCUCACAAGGACAUAAGUUCCAUUGGAGUGAUUCUCCAGAUUCGGAUAUGGAGCUGGUGGCUGAAGCCAAGGCUCGGAUUCAGGAGCUGCAGAGGGAAGCGGAGACGUUGGAGGAAGCUUACAGGACCUACCAACAGAGGGCAGUGAUCUCCACCAUUUCACACAUGCUUCUCCCAAGACCUCUCUCUCCGCAGCUGGCACAUCCUUCACAUCACCCUGACCCCCCCCUGAGAAAACAGCACAGAUUUCACCCUUCACAAACUACCAGAACCCCAUCCAGAAAAGCCUUACACCCUGAAAUUCCCAACCAGCCGAAGGUGGCCUUUUUAGAGUACCCAGCUCAGCCCAAGUCCUCCCAGUUUUCAACUGACCAUGGUCUCCAUUCACUGACUGAGCCUCUGUUUGCAAGAGAUGGACAUUUGGAGGAUGAGGCCCCCGCUCCAUCCAGGCGUAUGUCUUCCUCUCAGCAUUCACCCUCCAGGAAAAAGCUUCAAACAAACAGUACAGGAGCCCUGGCUCCUGACCUAGGGCUCCCCAGUGCCUCCUGCCAUGAGGUGGUGACCUCAGGUGACUUUUUAUCUGAACUCAGUCCACCUCGCAGUCCUCAGCUAAGGAGCACAGCGCGAGACCCAUCCAGUGCACCAAAGCCUGCCUUCUCCAGCUCAGAGUCUUCUCCACAGCCGGAGAAGAUAAGCCUAGAUGAUCUCACAGAGAAUUUGCCAGAGCACAGCCACAUUCCAGAGCUUCUCCUGGACACUGCCGUCCCUCUCUCUGAGGAGGCCCCUGACGGCCCUGCUGUCCCCCGCCUACAGACUCCGCAGGACCUCCCUGAAGCCCCAGCAGACAUGAAGGGCCAGGAGGUCUCACAACCAUCAGGUGAGUCUGCCAAAGAGGAAGAAGCUGAAGAUGAGGAGCAAAAGUGGGAAAGGGAGAGAAGAGAAAGGCAAGAACGAAGGCAGCGAGAACAAGAAGAAGCACGAGAGAGGGAGCAACAAGAACUCAAAAGACUGGAGGAAGAGAUGCUUUCGCAACAGGUGGAACAAACGAGUCUGGAAGAGGAGGAUGUGGGAGCUGAAAAAGGUGGAGGUGAGAAGGAGCCAGAAGUAGAGAAUGAUGGAAAGGAGUCUAAAGUAGAAAAUCCAUUGGAGAAAUACAUGAAGAUGGUCCUGGAGGCCAGAGAAAAGCAGCAUGCACGAAGUCCUGGAGAAGAGGCAGAACAUACAAGCCCAGAGCCAAAGAGUUUGUUUGAAGAGAAGGAUGACAGCAUUGCAGCAUUUUCACAGAAGGAUGAAGAUGAUGAAUUCUGGUAGAGUGAUUGUCCCUCAGGAGCCUCAACCAACCAGUGAAUUUUUACAAGACUCUAAUUUUGCACUGUUCUAACAAGUGUGGAUCAUUUGCUUAGACUGUUUUUAAAAUUAUGACAUGAUUUUGUAGGCACAUUUUUAGCAUAAAUAAAUAAAAUGUGAAGAAAGAAAAAAAAAUCCACAAGCGUUUUUUUUUAUUACAUUUUAUUUUCAUAAAAAAAGGUCAACAGGCCGGUCUGUGUAACAUCAUAAAUGGGUUUCCAGUCAGACAGGAUGCUGGAUUGUUGUCUUCCUGGUGAUUGAUAGAUAGCCUUUGCUCUUUAAUUUUUGGUUCAUUCGACAGGACACACAGCAUAAAAGGAUGAAAUGUGAUGUACAACAGCUUUAUGUACAUCUUUUUUUGCUCGAUCACUGUAAACCUGUGGCAGUUUCUCAUGUAGAGCACAUAUCAAGUUCUGCGCCACAGUAUGUCAUACACUGUUUAUGAAACACUGUAAAAUAAGUGGCAAUGGUAUCCAUACUUUGGCUAAAUUAAGAUAGCCAUACAAGUAUUAUAUGUGUGGUGUUACAAGUACUUGUUAUUGUAAAGUUUGUAUGAGGAGUUAAGCAUUCAUAAUUUGAGGAAGCCCUUGACAUUCAUAGAAAACAAAGGUACAGUAUACUAUCAGGCAACAAAGUAAUAUAGGAUUCAUAUACUUUUGAAUAUAAGAAACUAAAAACAUCUAUCACUACACAGCUACAUUCUUAAAUGGAUUAAUUUUUACGCAGUUAGAAAACAAAAAGCAAAAGGGCAAACACUGCCUACUACUGAUGUCAGUAUACAUGACUGUACAUCACUUGUCACUGUACAAACAGUUGUGUUCAUGCAGCAAAGAAACAUCAAGUUAUCUCUGUAACUCAACUAAAAGAAAUAAGAUUACAUGAGUAAUUAUGUCAGCAUGUGACAAUUUCACAUCAAAAACAGAUGCAAUUU